AUGAAGGUACACCACAUUCGUGCAUCGUUGAUGGUUCAAAUGGAGGACGAAGCCGAAACCGUAAAAGAAGAGAUUAGGGAUGAAGAGAGGGAUGAGGAUGAGGAAGAGGAGGACGAGGAGGACAAGGAUCAUUCGACGACUGAUGAAUCUCAAGAGACUAAUGAUUCGAAACAGAAAAUGCCUCAGACAACCUAUGUUCGUCUUCGAGGUUUGCCCUAUUCGGCUAAGGAAAGUGACAUUCGCGCUUUUCUCGAUGGGAUACCAGUCACUACUAUUACGAUGAGUAGCAGUCAUAAUGGACGACCAAGUGGAGAGUGUUAUUGCGAAUUACCAUCGAAACAGGAUACCCUGAAGGCCUUAGAGUUCCAUCGGAAAGAAAUGGAAGGAAGAUACAUUGAAAUUUUCACGGUGUCAAUUGAUGAGCUGACGAAUCUGAAACGCGUUGGCCUUGUAACAGACGAUGGAAAAGUCAUCCGUUUACGUGGCUUGCCAUUUUCUGCUACGCUUCAGGACGUAAAGGAUUUCUUCAAAGGGCUAAACUGUGAAGAGGUGGUAUUCGGGCGUACGGGAGGGCGACCUAGCGGGGAAGCUUUCGUGCGACUUGCCACGAGGGAGGAAGCCGCCAAAGCACUCGAUUUCAACAAGGAACAUAUGGGAAGCAGAUAUGUCGAAGUAUUUCGGACCACUGUUGAUGACAUGGAACGUAAUCGCCCUAGAUCGUAUGAAUCUGGAGGGUAUAUUCGUUCUCUUUUCGACACUAAAGCAUACGAUUUCCUGCCCCGCUCGAGCUCACGCAGCUUACGUGGACCUCUGCGCUCAGCCCCGUACGACAUACCACUGCGAGGAUACGGAAGAUAUGACGAUUAUGAUGACUUCAUUCCACCUACAAAAGUAUUCAUGCGUGGUCUUCCCUUCGAUGCUGAUGCCUACAUGAUCGAGCAGUUUUUUGCUCCACUUCGUUGCGUCGAGAUCAGUGUAGCUACAGUCCUAUCUAUGGUAGCAUUCAUGGAGGGUAUGGUCGAGGAUAUGAACCAGUUAUUCCGGGCCCUUUCCGUUCAUAUAGUAGUGGUGGCUCCUAUGGUGGGGGUAGUGGAAGGGUUCGUUCAAGACGUCAUUGGCGGAAAUAAUUAG